AUGGACGUGGACAUGGACGUGGACAUGGACGUGGACAUGGACGUGGACGUGGACAUGGACGUGGACGUGGACGUGGACGUGGACAUGGACGUGGACGUGGACGUGGACGUGGACGUGGACGUGGACAUGGACGUGGACGUGGACGUGGACAUGGACGUGGACAUGGACGUGGACGUGGACGUGGACAUGGACGUGGACGUGGACGUGGACAUGGACGUGGACGUGGACGUGGACAUGGACGUGGACGUGGACGUGGACGUGGACGUGGACAUGGACGUGGACGUGGACGUGGACAUGGACGUGGACGUGGACGUGGAGGACGUGGACGUGGACAUGGACGUGGACGUGGACGUGGACAUGGACGUGGACGUGGACGUGGACAUGGACAUGGACGUGGACGUGGACAUGGACGUGGACAUGGACGUGGACGUGGACGUGGACGUGGACAUGGACGUGGACGUGGACGUGGACAUGGACGUGGACGUGGACGGACGUGGACGUGGACAUGGACGUGGACGUGGACGUGGACGUGACAACGUGGACGUGGACGUGGACAUGGACGUGGACGUGGACGUGGACAUGGACGUGGACGUGGACGUGGACAUGGACGUGGACGUGGACGUGGACGUGGACGUGGACGUGGACGUGGACGUGGACGUGGACGUGGACAUGGACGUGGACAUGGACGUGGACGUGGACGUGGACGUGGACGUGACAUGGACGUGGACGUGGACGUGGAGGACGUGGACGUGGACAUGGACGUGCAUGGACGUGGACGUGGACAUGGACGUGGACAUGGACGUGGACAUGGACGUGGACAUGGACGUGGACAUGGACGUGGACGUGGACGUGGACGUGGACGUGGAGACGUGGACGUGGACGUGGACGUGGACGUGGACGUGGACGUGGACGUGGACAUGGACGUGGACGUGGACGUGGACAUGGACGUGGACGUGGACGUGGACGUGGACGUGGACGUGGACAUGGACGUGGACGUGGACGUGGACAUGGACGUGGACGUGGACGUGGACGUGGACGACGUGGACGUGGACAUGGACGUGGACAUGGACGUGGACGUGGACUGGACGUGGACGUGGACGUGGACAUGGACGUGGACAUGGACGUGGACGUGGACGUGGACGUGGACAUGGACGUGGACAUGGACGUGGACAUGGACGUGGACAUGGACAUGGACGUGGACGUGGACAUGGACGUGGACAUGGACGUGGACAUGGACGUGGACGUGGACAUGGACGUGGACAUGGACGUGGACGUGGACGUGGACGUGGACGUGGACGUGGACGUGGACGUGGACAUGGACGUGGACGUGGACGUGGACAUGGACGUGGACAUGGACGUGGACAUGGACGUGGACGUGGACGUGGACGUGGACGUGGACGUGGACGUGGACGUGGACAUGGACGUGGACGUGGACGUGGACGUGGACAUGGACGUGGACGUGGACGUGGACAUGGACGUGGACGUGGAGGACGUGGACGUGGACGUGGACAUGGACGUGGACGUGGACGUGGACAUGGACGUGGACAUGGACGUGGACGUGGACAUGGACGUGGACAUGGACGUGACGUGGACUGGACGUGGACGUGGACGUGGACAUGGACGUGGACGUGGACGUGGACGUGGACGUGGACAUGGACGUGGACUGACGUGGACGUGGACGUGGACAUGGACGUGGACGUGGACGUGGACGUGGACAUGGACGUGGACGUGGACGUGGACAUGGACGUGGACGUGGACGUGGACGUGGACAUGGACGUGGACAUGGACGUGGACUGGACGUGGACGUGGACAUGGACGUGGACAUGGACGUGGACGUGGACGUGGACGUGGACGUGGACAUGGACGUGGACGUGGACGUGGACAUGGACGUGGACGUGGACGUGGACAUGGACGUGGACGUGGACGUGGACGGACGUGGACGUGGACAUGGACGUGGACGUGGACGUGGACAUGGACGUGGACGUGGACGUGGACAUGGACGUGGACGUGGACAUGGACGUGGACAUGGACGUGGACGUGGACGUGGACGUGGACGUGGACGUGGACGUGGACGUGGACGUGGACAUGGACGUGGACGUGGACGUGGACGUGGACAUGGACGUGGACGUGGACGUGGACGUGGACGUGGACGUGGACGUGGACGUGGACAUGGACGUGGACGUGGACGUGGACGUGGACAUGGACGUGGACGUGGACGUGGACGUGGACAUGGACGUGGACAUGGACGUGGACGUGGACGUGGACGUGGACAUGGACGUGGACGUGGACGUGGACAUGGACGUGGACGUGGACGUGGACGUGGACAUGGACGUGGACGUGGACGUGGACAUGGACGUGGACGUGGACGUGGACGUGGACAUGGACGUGGACAUGGACGUGGACAUGGACGUGGACGUGGACAUGGACGUGGACAUGGACGUGGACAUGGACGUGGACGUGGACAUGGACGUGGACAUGGACGUGGACGUGGACGUGGACGUGGACGUGGACAUGGACGUGGACGUGGACGUGGACGUGGACGUGGACGUGGACAUGGACGUGGACGUGGACGUGGACAUGGACGUGGACGUGGACGUGGACGUGGACAUGGACGUGGACGUGGACGUGGACAUGGACGUGGACAUGGACGUGGACAUGGACGUGGACGUGGACAUGGACGUGGACAUGGACGUGGACGUGGACGUGGACAUGGACGUGGACAUGGACGUGGACAUGGACGUGGACAUGGACGUGGACGUGGACAUGGACGUGGACAUGGACGUGGACGUGGACGUGGACGUGGACGUGGACAUGGACGUGGACAUGGACGUGGACGUGGACAUGGACGUGGACAUGGACGUGGACAUGGACGUGGACGUGGACAUGGACGUGGACAUGGACGUGGACGUGGACGUGGACGUGGACGUGGACGUGGACGUGGACGUGGACGUGGACGUGGACAUGGACGUGGACGUGGACGUGGACAUGGACGUGGACGUGGACGUGGAGGACGUGGACGUGGACAUGGACGUGGACGUGGACGUGGACGUGGACAUGGACGUGGACAUGGACGUGGACGUGGACGUGGACGUGGACGUGGACGUGGACAUGGACGUGGACGUGGACAUGGACGUGGACAUGGACGUGGACGUGGACGUGGACGUGGACGUGGACGUGGACGUGGACAUGGACGUGGACGUGGACGUGGACGUGGACAUGGACGUGGACGUGGACGUGGACGUGGACAUGGACGUGGACAUGGACGUGGACAUGGACGUGGACGUGGACAUGGACGUGGACGUGGACGUGGACGUGGACGUGGACGUGGACGUGGACGUGGACGUGGACGUGGACGUGGACGUGGACAUGGACGUGGACGUGGACGUGGACGUGGACGUGGACGUGGACGUGGAGGACGUGGACGUGGACAUGGACGUGGACGUGGACGUGGACGUGGACAUGGACGUGGACAUGGACGUGGACAUGGACGUGGACGUGGACAUGGACGUGGACAUGGACGUGGACGUGGACGUGGACGUGGACGUGGACGUGGACGACGUGGACGUGGACAUGGACGUGGACGUGGACGUGGACAUGGACGUGGACAUGGACGUGGACAUGGACGUGGACGUGGACAUGGACGUGGACAUGGACGUGGACAUGGACGUGGACGUGGACGUGGACAUGGACGUGGACAUGGACGUGGACGUGGACGUGGACAUGGACGUGGACGUGGACGUGGACGUGGACAUGGACGUGGACGUGGACGUGGACGUGGACGUGGACAUGGACGUGGACGUGGACGUGGACGUGGACGUGGACAUGGACAUGGACGUGGACGUGGACGUGGACGUGGACAUGGACGUGGACGUGGACGUGGACGUGGACAUGGACGUGGACGUGGACGUGGACGUGGACAUGGACGUGGACGUGGACGUGGACGUGGACAUGGACGUGGACGUGGACGUGGACGUGGACAUGGACGUGGACGUGGACGUGGACAUGGACGUGGACAUGGACGUGGACAUGGACGUGGACGUGGACGUGGACAUGGACGUGGACGUGGACGUGGAGGACUGGACGUGGACAUGGACGUGGACGUGGACGUGGACGUGGACAUGGACGUGGACGUGGACAUGGACGUGGACAUGGACGUGGACGUGGACAUGGACGUGGACAUGGACGUGGACAUGGACGUGGACAUGGACGUGGACGUGGACAUGGACGUGGACGUGGACGUGGACGUGGACGUGGACGUGGACGUGGACGUGGACGUGGACAUGGACGUGGACGUGGACGUGGACGUGGACGUGGACAUGGACGUGGACAUGGACGUGGACAUGGACGUGGACAUGGACGUGGACGUGGACAUGGACGUGGACGUGGACGUGGACGUGGACAUGGACGUGGACGUGGACGUGGACGUGGACGUGGACGUGGACAUGGACGUGGACGUGGACGUGGACAUGGACGUGGACAUGGACGUGGACGUGGACGUGGACAUGGACGUGGACGUGGACGUGGACAUGGACGUGGACGUGGACGUGGACAUGGACGUGGACGUGGACGUGGACGUGGACGUGGACGUGGACGUGGACGUGGACGUGGACAUGGACGUGGACGUGGACGUGGACGUGGACGUGGACGUGGACAUGGACGUGGACGUGGACGUGGACAUGGACAUGGACGUGGACGUGGACGUGGACGUGGACGUGGACGUGGACAUGGACGUGGACAUGGACGUGGACGUGGACAUGGACGUGGACAUGGACGUGGACGUGGACGUGGACAUGGACGUGGACGUGGAGGACGUGGACGUGGACAUGGACGUGGACGUGGACGUGGACGUGGACAUGGACGUGGACGUGGACGUGGACAUGGACGUGGACGUGGACGUGGACAUGGACGUGGACGUGGACAUGGACGUGGACGUGGACGUGGACAUGGACGUGGACGUGGACGUGGACGUGGACGUGGACAUGGACGUGGACGUGGACGUGGACGUGGACGUGGACAUGGACGUGGACGUGGACGUGGAGGACUUGGACGUGGACAUGGACGUGGACAUGGACGUGGACGUGGACAUGGACGUGGACAUGGACGUGGACAUGGACGUGGACAUGGACGUGGACAUGGACGUGGACGUGGACAUGGACGUGGACGUGGAGGACGUGGACGUGGACAUGGACGUGGACGUGGACGUGGACGUGGACGUGGACAUGGACGUGGACGUGGACGUGGACAUGGACGUGGACGUGGACGUGGACGUGGACGUGGACGUGGACAUGGACGUGGACGUGGACGUGGACAUGGACGUGGACGUGGACGUGGACGUGGACGUGGACGUGGACGUGGACGUGGACUGGACGUGGACGUGGACGUGGACGUGGACGUGGACGUGGACGUGGACGUGGACGUGGACGUGGACGUGGACGUGGACGUGGACAUGGACGUGGACGUGGACGUGGACGGACAUGGACGUGGACAUGGACGUGGACAUGGACGUGGACGUGGACAUGGACGUGGACAUGGACGUGGACAUGGACGUGGACAUGGACGUGGACAUGGACGUGGACGUGGACAUGGACGUGGACAUGGACGUGGACAUGGACGUGGACGUGGACAUGGACGUGGACGUGGACAUGGACGUGGACAUGGACGUGGACAUGGACGUGGACGUGGACAUGGACGUGGACAUGGACGUGGACGUGGACGUGGACGUGGACGUGGACGUGGACGUGGACGUGGACGUGGACAUGGACGUGGACGUGGACGUGGACAUGGACGUGGACGUGGACGUGGACAUGGACGUGGACGUGGACGUGGACGUGGACGUGGACGUGGACGUGGACGUGGACAUGGACGUGGACGUGGACGUGGACGUGGACAUGGACGUGGACGUGGACGUGGACAUGGACGUGGACGUGGACAUGGUGGACAUGGACGUGGACGUGGACGUGGACGUGGACGUGGACGUGGACAUGGACGUGGACAUGGACGUGGACGUGGACAUGGACGUGGACAUGGACGUGGACAUGGACGUGGACGUGGACAUGGACGUGGACAUGGACGUGGACGUGGACGUGGACGUGGACGUGGACAUGGACGUGGACGUGGACGUGGACGUGGACGUGGACAUGGACGUGGACGUGGACAUGGACGUGGACGUGGACGUGGACGUGGACAUGGACGUGGACGUGGACGUGGACGUGGACAUGGACGUGGACAUGGACGUGGACAUGGACGUGGACGUGGACAUGGACGUGGACAUGGACGUGGACGUGGACGUGGACGUGGACAUGGACGUGGACGUGGACGUGGACAUGGACGUGGACGUGGACGUGGACAUGGACGUGGACGUGGACGUGGAGGACGUGGACGUGGACAUGGACGUGGACGUGGACGUGGACAUGGACGUGGACAUGGACGUGGACAUGGACGUGGACGUGGACAUGGACGUGGACAUGGACGUGGAGUGGACGUGGACGUGGACGUGGACGUGGACGUGGACGUGGACGUGGACAUGGACGUGGACGUGGACGUGGACGUGGACAUGGACGUGGACGUGGACGUGGACGUGGACGUGGACGUGGACGUGGACGUGGACAUGGACGUGGACGUGGACGUGGACGUGGACAUGGACGUGGACGUGGACGUGGACGUGGACAUGGACGUGGACAUGGACGUGGACGUGGACAUGGACGUGGACAUGGACGUGGACGUGGACGUGGACAUGGACGUGGACGUGGACGUGGACGUGGACAUGGACGUGGACGUGGACGUGGACAUGGACGUGGACGUGGACGUGGACGUGGACAUGGACGUGGACAUGGACGUGGACAUGGACGUGGACGUGGACAUGGACGUGGACAUGGACGUGGACAUGGACGUGGACGUGGACAUGGACGUGGACAUGGACGUGGACGUGGACGUGGACGUGGACGUGGACAUGGACGUGGACGUGGACGUGGACGUGGACGUGGACGUGGACGUGGACAUGGACAUGGACGUGGACGUGGACAUGGACGUGGACGUGGACGUGGACGUGGACAUGGACGUGGACGUGGACGUGGACAUGGACGUGGACAUGGACGUGGACAUGGACGUGGACGUGGACAUGGACGUGGACAUGGACGUGGACGUGGACGUGGACGUGGACAUGGACGUGGACAUGGACGUGGAUGGACGUGGACAUGGACGUGGACGUGGACAUGGACGUGGACAUGGACGUGGACGUGGACAUGGACGUGGACGUGGACAUGGACGUGGACAUGGACGUGGACAUGGACGUGGACGUGGACAUGGACGUGGACAUGGACGUGGACGUGGACAUGGACGUGGACAUGGACGUGGACGUGGACGUGGACGUGGACGUGGACGUGGACGUGGACGUGGACGUGGACGUGGACAUGGACGUGGACGUGGACGUGGACAUGGACGUGGACGUGGACGUGGAGGACUUGGACGUGGACAUGGACGUGGACGUGGACGUGGACGUGGACAUGGACGUGGACUGGACGUGGACAUGGACGUGGACAUGGACGUGGAUGGACGUGGACGUGGACAUGGACGUGGACGUGGACAUGGACGUGGACAUGGACGUGGACGUGGACGUGGACGUGGACAUGGACGUGGACGUGGACGUGGACGUGGACGUGGACGUGGACGUGGACGUGGACAUGGACGUGGACGUGGACGUGGACGUGGACAUGGACGUGGACAUGGACGUGGACAUGGACGUGGACGUGGACAUGGACGUGGACAUGGACGUGGACGUGGACGUGGACGUGGACGUGGACGUGGACGUGGACGUGGACGUGGACGUGGACUGGACGUGGACAUGGACGUGGACAUGGACGUGGACGUGGACGUGGACGUGGACAUGGACGUGGACGUGGACGUGGACGUGGACGUGGACGUGGACGUGGACGUGGACAUGGACGUGGACGUGGACGUGGACGUGGACAUGGACGUGGACGUGGACGUGGACAUGGACGUGGACAUGGACGUGGACGUGGACAUGGACGUGGACAUGGACGUGGACGUGGACGUGGACAUGGACGUGGACGUGGACGUGGACGUGGACAUGGACGUGGACGUGGACGUGGACAUGGACGUGGACGUGGACGUGGACGUGGACAUGGACGUGGACAUGGACGUGGACAUGGACGUGGACGUGGACAUGGACGUGGACAUGGACGUGGACAUGGACGUGGACGUGGACAUGGACGUGGACAUGGACGUGGACGUGGACGUGGACGUGGACGUGGACAUGGACGUGGACGUGGACGUGGACGUGGACGUGGACGUGGACAUGGACAUGGACGUGGACGUGGACAUGGACGUGGACGUGGACGUGGACGUGGACAUGGACGUGGACGUGGACGUGGACAUGGACGUGGACAUGGACGUGGACAUGGACGUGGACGUGGACAUGGACGUGGACAUGGACGUGGACGUGGACGUGGACGUGGACAUGGACGUGGACAUGGACGUGGACAUGGACGUGGACAUGGACGUGGACGUGGACAUGGACGUGGACAUGGACGUGGACGUGGACAUGGACGUGGACGUGGACAUGGACGUGGACAUGGACGUGGACGUGGACAUGGACGUGGACAUGGACGUGGACAUGGACGUGGACGUGGACAUGGACGUGGACAUGGACGUGGACGUGGACGUGGACGUGGACGUGGACGUGGACGUGGACGUGGACGUGGACGUGGACAUGGACGUGGACGUGGACGUGGACAUGGACGUGGACGUGGACGUGGAGAACGUGGACGUGGACAUGGACGUGGACGUGGACGUGGACGUGGACAUGGACGUGGACAUGGACGUGGACAUGGACGUGGACGUGGACGUGGACGUGGACAUGGACGUGGACGUGGACAUGGACGUGGACAUGGACGUGGACGUGGACGUGGACGUGGACGUGGACAUGGACGUGGACGUGGACAUGGACGUGGACGUGGACGUGGACGUGGACGGACGUGGACGUGGACGUGGACGUGGACGUGGACAUGGACGUGGACAUGGACGUGGACAUGGACGUGGACGUGGACAUGGACGUGGACAUGGACGUGGACGUGGACGUGGACGUGGACGUGGACGUGGACGUGGACGUGGACGUGGACGUGGACGUGGACAUGGACGUGGACGUGGACGUGGACAUGGACGUGGACGUGGACGUGGACGGACGUGGACGUGGACAUGGACGUGGACGUGGACGUGGACGUGGACAUGGACGUGGACAUGGACGUGGACAUGGACGUGGACGUGGACGUGGACGUGGACAUGGACGUGGACGUGGACGUGGACGUGGACGUGGACGUGGACGUGGACGUGGACGUGGACGUGGACGUGGACGUGGACGUGGACGUGGACGUGGACGUGGACGUGGACGUGGACGUGGACGUGGACGUGGACGUGGACGUGGACAUGGACGUGGACAUGGACGUGGACGUGGACGUGGACGUGGACAUGGACAUGGACGUGGACGUGGACGUGGACGUGGACGUGGACGUGGACGUGGACAUGGACGUGGACGUGGACGUGGACGUGGACAUGGACGUGGACGUGGACGUGGACAUGGACGUGGACGUGGACGUGGAGGACGUGGACGUGGACAUGGACGUGGACGUGGACGUGGACAUGGACGUGGACAUGGACGUGGACAUGGACGUGGACGUGGACGUGGACGUGGACAUGGACGUGGACAUGGACGUGGACAUGGACGUGGACAUGGACGUGGACAUGGACGUGGACGUGGACGUGGACAUGGACGUGGACGUGGACGUGGACGUGGACAUGGACGUGGACGUGGACGUGGACGUGGACGUGGACAUGGACGUGGACGUGGACGUGGACGUGGACGUGGACGUGGACAUGGACAUGGACGUGGACGUGGACGUGGACGUGGACAUGGACGUGGACGUGGACGUGGACGUGGACAUGGACGUGGACGUGGACGUGGACGUGGACAUGGACGUGGACGUGGACGUGGACGUGGACAUGGACGUGGACGUGGACGUGGACGUGGACAUGGACGUGGACGUGGACGUGGACAUGGACGUGGACAUGGACGUGGACAUGGACGUGGACGUGGACGUGGACAUGGACAUGGACGUGGACGUGGACGUGGACAUGGACGUGGACGUGGACGUGGACGUGGACGUGGACAUGGACGUGGACGUGGACGUGGACGUGGACGUGGACGUGGACAUGGACGUGGACGUGGACGUGGACGUGGACGUGGACGUGGACGUGGACGUGGACAUGGACGUGGACAUGGACGUGGACAUGGACGUGGACGUGGACGUGGACGUGGACAUGGACGUGGACGUGGACGUGGACAUGGACAUGGACGUGGACGUGGACGUGGACAUGGACGUGGACGUGGACGUGGACAUGGACGUGGACAUGGACGUGGACGUGGACGUGGACGUGGACGUGGACGUGGACAUGGACGUGGACGUGGACGUGGACGUGGACAUGGACGUGGACGUGGACGUGGACAUGGACGUGGACGUGGACGUGGACGUGGACGUGGACGUGGACAUGGACGUGGACAUGGACGUGGACGUGGACGUGGACGUGGACAUGGACGUGGACGUGGACGUGGACGUGGACAUGGACGUGGACGUGGACGUGGACAUGGACGUGGACGUGGACGUGGACGUGGACGUGGACAUGGACGUGGACGUGGACGUGGACGUGGACAUGGACGUGGACAUGGACGUGGACAUGGACAUGGACGUGGACAUGGACGUGGACAUGGACGUGGACGUGGACGUGGACGUGGACAUGGACGUGGACGUGGACGUGGACGUGGACAUGGACGUGGACGUGGACGUGGACAUGGACGUGGACGUGGACGUGGACGUGGACGUGGACAUGGACGUGGACGUGGACGUGGACGUGGACAUGGACGUGGACAUGGACGUGGACGUGGACGUGGACGUGGACGUGGACGUGGACAUGGACGUGGACGUGGACGUGGACGUGGACAUGGACGUGGACGUGGACGUGGACAUGGACGUGGACGUGGACGUGGACAUGGACGUGGACGUGGACAUGGACGUGGACAUGGACGUGGACGUGGACAUGGACGUGGACGUGGACGUGGACGUGGACGUGGACGUGGACAUGGACGUGGACGUGGACGUGGACGUGGACAUGGACGUGGACGUGGACGUGGACAUGGACGUGGACGUGGACGUGGAGGACGUGGACGUGGACAUGGACGUGGACGUGGACGUGGACGUGGACAUGGACGUGGACAUGGACGUGGACAUGGACGUGGACGUGGACAUGGACGUGGACAUGGACGUGGACGUGGACAUGGACGUGGACAUGGACGUGGACGUGGACGUGGACGUGGACAUGGACGUGGACGUGGACGUGGACAUGGACGUGGACAUGGACGUGGACAUGGACGUGGACGUGGACGUGGACGUGGACGUGGACGUGGACGUGGACGUGGACGUGGACGUGGACGUGGACGUGGACGUGGACGUGGACGUGGACGUGGACGUGGACGUGGACAUGGACGUGGACGUGGACGUGGACAUGGACGUGGACGUGGACAUGGACGUGGACGUGGACGUGGACAUGGACGUGGACAUGGACGUGGACGUGGACGUGGACGUGGACGUGGACGUGGACAUGGACGUGGACGUGGACGUGGACAUGGACGUGGACGUGGACGUGGACAUGGACGUGGACGUGGACGUGGACGUGGACGUGGACGUGGACAUGGACGUGGACGUGGACGUGGACGUGGACAUGGACGUGGACAUGGACGUGGACGUGGACGUGGACGUGGACAUGGACGUGGACGUGGACAUGGACGUGGACAUGGACGUGGACGUGGACGUGGACGUGGACAUGGACGUGGACGUGGACGUGGACAUGGACGUGGACAUGGACGUGGACAUGGACGUGGACGUGGACGUGGACAUGGACGUGGACGUGGACGUGGACGUGGACGUGGACAUGGACGUGGACGUGGACGUGGACGUGGACGUGGACGUGGACAUGGACGUGGACGUGGACGUGGACGUGGACGUGGACAUGGACGUGGACGUGGACGUGGACGUGGACGUGGACGUGGACAUGGACGUGGACAUGGACGUGGACGUGGACGUGGACAUGGACGUGGACGUGGACGUGGACGUGGACGUGGACGUGGACGUGGACGUGGACAUGGACGUGGACGUGGACGUGGACGUGGACAUGGACGUGGACGUGGACGUGGACGUGGACGUGGACGUGGACGUGGACAUGGACGUGGACGUGGACGUGGACAUGGACGUGGACGUGGACGUGGACAUGGACGUGGACGUGGACAUGGACGUGGACAUGGACGUGGACGUGGACGUGGACGUGGACAUGGACGUGGACGUGGACGUGGACGUGGACAUGGACGUGGACGUGGACGUGGACAUGGACGUGGACGUGGACGUGGAGGACGUGGACGUGGACAUGGACGUGGACGUGGACGUGGACGUGGACAUGGACGUGGACAUGGACGUGGACAUGGACAUGGACGUGGACAUGGACGUGGACGUGGACGUGGACGUGGACGUGGACGUGGACAUGGACGUGGACGUGGACGUGGACGUGGACAUGGACGUGGACGUGGACGUGGACGUGGACAUGGACGUGGACGUGGACGUGGACGUGGACAUGGACGUGGACGUGGACGUGGACGUGGACAUGGACGUGGACAUGGACGUGGACAUGGACGUGGACGUGGACAUGGACGUGGACAUGGACGUGGACGUGGACGUGGACGUGGACAUGGACGUGGACGUGGACGUGGACAUGGACGUGGACGUGGACGUGGACAUGGACGUGGACGUGGACGUGGAGUGGACGUGGACGUGGACAUGGACGUGGACGUGGACGUGGACGUGGACAUGGACGUGGACAUGGACGUGGACAUGGACGUGGACGUGGACAUGGACGUGGACAUGGACGUGGACAUGGACGUGGACAUGGACGUGGACGUGGACGUGGACGUGGACAUGGACGUGGACGUGGACGUGGACAUGGACGUGGACAUGGACGUGGACAUGGACGUGGACGUGGACGUGGACAUGGACGUGGACGUGGACGUGGACGUGGACGUGGACGUGGACGUGGACGUGGACGUGGAGGACGUGGACGUGGACAUGGACGUGGACGUGGACGUGGACGUGGACAUGGACGUGGACAUGGACGUGGACAUGGACGUGGACGUGGACGUGGACAUGGACGUGGACGUGGACGUGGACGUGGACAUGGACGUGGACGUGGACGUGGACGUGGACAUGGACGUGGACGGACGUGGACGUGGACAUGGACGUGGACGUGGACGUGGACGUGGACAUGGACGUGGACAUGGACGUGGACGUGGACGUGGACGUGGACAUGGACGUGGACAUGGACGUGGACGUGGACGUGGACGUGGACGUGGACGUGGACAUGGACGUGGACGUGGACGUGGACGUGGACAUGGACGUGGACGUGGACAUGGACGUGGACGUGGACGUGGACAUGGACGUGGACGUGGACGUGGACAUGGACGUGGACGUGGACGUGGACAUGGACGUGGACGUGGACGUGGACGUGGACGUGGACGUGGACGUGGACGUGGACGUGGACGUGGACGUGGACGUGGACGUGGACGUGGACGUGGACGUGGACGUGGACGUGGACAUGGACGUGGACGUGGACGUGGACAUGGACGUGGACGUGGACAUGGACGUGGACGUGGACGUGGACAUGGACGUGGACAUGGACGUGGACGUGGACGUGGACGUGGACGUGGACGUGGACAUGGACGUGGACGUGGACGUGGACAUGGACGUGGACGUGGACGUGGACAUGGACGUGGACGUGGACGUGGAGGACUUGGACGUGGACAUGGACGUGGACGUGGACGUGGACGUGGACAUGGACGUGGACAUGGACGUGGACAUGGACGUGGACGUGGACAUGGACGUGGACGUGGACAUGGACGUGGACAUGGACGUGGACGUGGACGUGGACGUGGACAUGGACGUGGACGUGGACGUGGACAUGGACGUGGACAUGGACGUGGACAUGGACGUGGACGUGGACGUGGACAUGGACGUGGACGUGGACGUGGACGUGGACGUGGACAUGGACGUGGACGUGGACGUGGACGUGGACGUGGACGUGGACAUGGACGUGGACGUGGACGUGGACGUGGACGUGGACAUGGACGUGGACGUGGACGUGGACGUGGACGUGGACGUGGACAUGGACGUGGACAUGGACGUGGACGUGGACGUGGACAUGGACGUGGACGUGGACGUGGACGUGGACGUGGACGUGGACGUGGACGUGGACAUGGACGUGGACGUGGACGUGGACGUGGACAUGGACGUGGACGUGGACGUGGACGUGGACGUGGACGUGGACGUGGACAUGGACGUGGACGUGGACGUGGACAUGGACGUGGACGUGGACGUGGACAUGGACGUGGACGUGGACAUGGACGUGGACAUGGACGUGGACGUGGACGUGGACGUGGACAUGGACGUGGACGUGGACGUGGACGUGGACAUGGACGUGGACGUGGACGUGGACAUGGACGUGGACGUGGACGUGGAGGACGUGGACGUGGACAUGGACGUGGACGUGGACGUGGACGUGGACAUGGACGUGGACAUGGACGUGGACAUGGACAUGGACGUGGACAUGGACGUGGACGUGGACGUGGACGUGGACGUGGACGUGGACAUGGACGUGGACGUGGACGUGGACGUGGACAUGGACGUGGACGUGGACGUGGACGUGGACAUGGACGUGGACGUGGACGUGGACGUGGACAUGGACGUGGACGUGGACGUGGACGUGGACAUGGACGUGGACAUGGACGUGGACAUGGACGUGGACGUGGACAUGGACGUGGACAUGGACGUGGACGUGGACGUGGACGUGGACAUGGACGUGGACGUGGACGUGGACAUGGACGUGGACGUGGACGUGGACAUGGACGUGGACGUGGACGUGGACGUGGACGUGGACAUGGACGUGGACGUGGACGUGGACGUGGACAUGGACGUGGACAUGGACGUGGACAUGGACGUGGACGUGGACAUGGACGUGGACAUGGACGUGGACAUGGACGUGGACAUGGACGUGGACGUGGACGUGGACGUGGACAUGGACGUGGACGUGGACGUGGACAUGGACGUGGACAUGGACGUGGACAUGGACGUGGACGUGGACGUGGACAUGGACGUGGACGUGGACGUGGACGUGGACAUGGACGUGGACGUGGACGUGGACGUGGAGGACGUGGACGUGGACAUGGACGUGGACGUGGACGUGGACGUGGACAUGGACGUGGACAUGGACGUGGACAUGGACGUGGACGUGGACGUGGACAUGGACGUGGACGUGGACGUGGACGUGGACAUGGACGUGGACGUGGACGUGGACAUGGACAUGGACGUGGAGGACUUGGACAUGGACAUGGACGUGGACGUGGACGUGGACGUGGACAUGGACGUGGACAUGGACGUGGACGUGGACGUGGACGUGGACAUGGACGUGGACAUGGACGUGGACGUGGACGUGGACGUGGACGUGGACGUGGACAUGGACGUGGACGUGGACGUGGACGUGGACAUGGACGUGGACGUGGACAUGGACGUGGACGUGGACGUGGACAUGGACGUGGACGUGGACGUGGACAUGGACGUGGACGUGGACGUGGACAUGGACGUGGACGUGGACGUGGAGGACGUGGACGUGGACAUGGACGUGGACGUGGACGUGGACGUGGACGUGGACAUGGACGUGGACAUGGACGUGGACAUGGACGUGGACAUGGACGUGGACAUGGACGUGGACGUGGACGUGGACGUGGACAUGGACGUGGACGUGGACGUGGACGUGGACAUGGACGUGGACAUGGACGUGGACAUGGACGUGGACGUGGACAUGGACGUGGACAUGGACGUGGACGUGGACAUGGACGUGGACAUGGACGUGGACGUGGACGUGGACGUGGACGUGGACAUGGACGUGGACGUGGACGUGGACAUGGACGUGGACAUGGACGACUUGGACGUGGACAUGGACGUGGACGUGGACGUGGACGUGGACAUGGACGUGGACAUGGACGUGGACAUGGACGUGGACGUGGACAUGGACGUGGACGUGGACAUGGACGUGGACAUGGACGUGGACGUGGACGUGGACGUGGACAUGGACGUGGACGUGGACGUGGACGUGGACAUGGACGUGGACAUGGACGUGGACAUGGACGUGGACGUGGACGUGGACAUGGACGUGGACGUGGACGUGGACGUGGACAUGGACGUGGACGUGGACGUGGACGUGGACGUGGACGUGGACGUGGACAUGGACGUGGACGUGGACGUGGACGUGGACGUGGACAUGGACGUGGACGUGGACGUGGACGUGGACGUGGACGUGGACGUGGACAUGGACGUGGACAUGGACGUGGACGUGGACGUGGACAUGGACGUGGACGUGGACGUGGACGUGGACGUGGACGUGGACGUGGACGUGGACGUGGACAUGGACGUGGACGUGGACGUGGACGUGGACAUGGACGUGGACGUGGACGUGGACGUGGACGUGGACGUGGACGUGGACAUGGACGUGGACAUGGACGUGGACAUGGACGUGGACGUGGACGUGGACAUGGACGUGGACGUGGACAUGGACGUGGACAUGGACGUGGACGUGGACGUGGACGUGGACAUGGACGUGGACGUGGACGUGGACGUGGACAUGGACGUGGACGUGGACGUGGACAUGGACGUGGACGUGGACGUGGAGGACGUGGACGUGGACAUGGACGUGGACGUGGACGUGGACGUGGACAUGGACGUGGACAUGGACGUGGACAUGGACAUGGACGUGGACAUGGACGUGGACGUGGACGUGGACGUGGACGUGGACGUGGACAUGGACGUGGACGUGGACGUGGACGUGGACAUGGACGUGGACGUGGACGUGGACAUGGACGUGGACGUGGACGUGGACGUGGACAUGGACGUGGACGUGGACGUGGACGUGGACAUGGACGUGGACAUGGACGUGGACAUGGACGUGGACGUGGACAUGGACGUGGACAUGGACGUGGACGUGGACGUGGACGUGGACGUGGACAUGGACGUGGACGUGGACGUGGACAUGGACGUGGACGUGGACGUGGACAUGGACGUGGACGUGGACGACGUGGACGUGGACAUGGACGUGGACGUGGACGUGGACGUGGACAUGGACGUGGACAUGGACGUGGACGUGGACGUGGACAUGGACGUGGACGUGGACGUGGACGUGGACAUGGACGUGGACGUGGACGUGGACAUGGACAUGGACGUGGAGGACUUGGACGUGGACAUGGACGUGGACGUGGACGUGGACAUGGACGUGGACAUGGACGUGGACGUGGACGUGGACAUGGACGUGGACAUGGACGUGGACAUGGACGUGGACGUGGACGUGGACGUGGACAUGGACGUGGACAUGGACGUGGACGUGGACGUGGACGUGGACGUGGACGUGGACGUGGACAUGGACGUGGACGUGGACGUGGACAUGGACGUGGACAUGGACGUGGACGUGGACGUGGACGUGGACAUGGACAUGGACGUGGAGGACUUGGACGUGGACAUGGACGUGGACAUGGACGUGGACGUGGACGUGGACAUGGACGUGGACAUGGACGUGGACGUGGACGUGGACGUGGACAUGGACGUGGACAUGGACGUGGACGUGGACGUGGACGUGGACGUGGACGUGGACGUGGACAUGGACGUGGACGUGGACGUGGACGUGGACAUGGACGUGGACGUGGACGUGGACGUGGACGUGGACGUGGACAUGGACGUGGACGUGGACGUGGACAUGGACGUGGACGUGGACGUGGACAUGGACGUGGACGUGGACGUGGAGGACGUGGACGUGGACAUGGACGUGGACGUGGACGUGGACGUGGACGUGGACAUGGACGUGGACAUGGACGUGGACAUGGACGUGGACAUGGACGUGGACAUGGACGUGGACGUGGACGUGGACGUGGACAUGGACGUGGACGUGGACGUGGACGUGGACGUGGACGUGGACGUGGACGUGGACAUGGACGUGGACGUGGACGUGGACGUGGACGUGGACAUGGACGUGGACGUGGACGUGGACGUGGACGUGGACGUGGACGUGGACGUGGACGUGGACAUGGACGUGGACAUGGACGUGGACAUGGACGUGGACGUGGACGUGGACAUGGACGUGGACAUGGACGUGGACGUGGACAUGGACGUGGACAUGGACGUGGACGUGGACGUGGACGUGGACGUGGACAUGGACGUGGACGUGGACGUGGACGUGGACAUGGACGUGGACGUGGACGUGGACAUGGACGUGGACGUGGACGUGGAGGACGUGGACGUGGACAUGGACGUGGACGUGGACGUGGACGUGGACAUGGACGUGGACAUGGACGUGGACAUGGACGUGGACGUGGACAUGGACGUGGACAUGGACGUGGACAUGGACGUGGACAUGGACGUGGACGUGGACGUGGACAUGGACGUGGACGUGGACAUGGACAUGGACGUGGACAUGGACGUGGACAUGGACGUGGACGUGGACGUGGACAUGGACGUGGACGUGGACGUGGACGUGGACAUGGACGUGGACGUGGACGUGGAGGACGUGGACGUGGACAUGGACGUGGACGUGGACGUGGACGUGGACAUGGACGUGGACAUGGACGUGGACAUGGACGUGGACGUGGACAUGGACGUGGACAUGGACGUGGACGUGGACGUGGACGUGGACGUGGACAUGGACGUGGACGUGGACGUGGACGUGGACAUGGACGUGGACAUGGACGUGGACGUGGACAUGGACGUGGACAUGGACGUGGACGUGGACGUGGACGUGGACGUGGACAUGGACGUGGACGUGGACGUGGACAUGGACGUGGACGUGGACGUGGACAUGGACGUGGACGUGGACGUGGAGGACGUGGACAUGGACAUGGACGUGGACGUGGACAUGGACGUGGACGUGGACAUGGACGUGGACAUGGACGUGGACAUGGACGUGGACGUGGACAUGGACGUGGACAUGGACGUGGACAUGGACGUGGACGUGGACAUGGACGUGGACGUGGACGUGGACGUGGACAUGGACGUGGACGUGGACGUGGACAUGGACAUGGACGUGGACGUGGACGUGGACGUGGACAUGGACGUGGACGUGGACGUGGACGUGGACGUGGACAUGGACGUGGACGUGGACAUGGACGUGGACAUGGACGUGGACGUGGACGUGGACGUGGACGUGGACGUGGACAUGGACGUGGACGUGGACGUGGACGUGGACAUGGACGUGGACGUGGACAUGGACGUGGACAUGGACGUGGACGUGGACGUGGACAUGGACGUGGACGUGGACGUGGAGGACUUGGACGUGGACGUGGACGUGGACGUGGACGUGGACGUGGACGUGGACAUGGACGUGGACGUGGACGUGGACGUGGACGUGGACGUGGACAUGGACGUGGACGUGGACGUGGACGUGGACAUGGACAUGGACGUGGACAUGGACGUGGACAUGGACGUGGACGUGGACAUGGACGUGGACGUGGACGUGGACGUGGACGUGGACGUGGACGUGGACGUGGACGUGGACGUGGACGUGGACGUGGACGUGGACGUGGACGUGGACGUGGACGUGGACGUGGACGUGGACAUGGACGUGGACGUGGACGUGGACGUGGACAUGGACGUGGACAUGGACGUGGACGUGGACGUGGACUUGGACGUGGACAUGGACGUGGACGUGGACGUGGACGUGGACAUGGACGUGGACAUGGACGUGGACGUGGACGUGGACGUGGACAUGGACGUGGACAUGGACGUGGACGUGGACAUGGACGUGGACGUGGACGUGGACAUGGACGUGGACAUGGACGUGGACGUGGACGUGGACAUGGACGUGGACGUGGACGUGGACAUGGACGUGGACGUGGACGUGGACGUGGACAUGGACGUGGACGUGGACGUGGACAUGGACGUGGACGUGGACGUGGACGUGGACAUGGACGUGGACGUGGACAUGGACGUGGACGUGGACCUGGAGGACGUGGACGUGGACAUGGACGUGGACGUGGACGUGGACGUGGACAUGGACGUGGACAUGGACGUGGACAUGGACGUGGACGUGGACAUGGACGUGGACAUGGACGUGGACGUGGACGUGGACGUGGACAUGGACGUGGACGUGGACGUGGACGUGGACGUGGACAUGGACGUGGACGUGGACGUGGACAUGGACAUGGACGUGGACGUGGAGGACUUGGACGUGGACAUGGACGUGGACGUGGACGUGGACGUGGACGUGGACGUGGACAUGGACGUGGACAUGGACGUGGACAUGGACGUGGACGUGGACAUGGACGUGGACAUGGACGUGGACAUGGACGUGGACAUGGACGUGGACGUGGACGUGGACAUGGACGUGGACGUGGACGUGGACCUGGACGUGGACGUGGACAUGGACGUGGACGUGGACGUGGACAUGGACAUGGACGUGGACGUGGACAUGGACGUGGACAUGGACGUGGACGUGGACGUGGACAUGGACGUGGACGUGGACGUGGACGUGGACAUGGACGUGGACGUGGACAUGGACGUGGACGUGGACGUGGACGUGGACGUGGACAUGGACGUGGACGUGGACGUGGACAUGGACGUGGACGUGGACGUGGAGGACUGGACGUGGACAUGGACGUGGACGUGGACGUGGACGUGGACAUGGACGUGGACAUGGACGUGGACAUGGACGUGGACAUGGACGUGGACAUGGACGUGGACGUGGACGUGGACGUGGACGUGGACAUGGACGUGGACGUGGACGUGGACGUGGACGUGGACAUGGACGUGGACGUGGACGUGGACAUGGACAUGGACGUGGACGUGGAGGACGUGGACGUGGACAUGGACGUGGACGUGGACGUGGACGUGGACAUGGACGUGGACAUGGACGUGGACAUGGACGUGGACGUGGACAUGGACGUGGACAUGGACGUGGACAUGGACGUGGACAUGGACGUGGACGUGGACGUGGACAUGGACGUGGACGUGGACGUGGACAUGGACGUGGACGUGGACGUGGACGUGGACAUGGACGUGGACGUGGACGUGGACGUGGACGUGGACGUGGACGUGGACAUGGACGUGGACAUGGACGUGGACAUGGACGUGGACAUGGACGUGGACAUGGACAUGGACGUGGACGUGGACGUGGACGUGGACAUGGACGUGGACGUGGACGUGGACGUGGACGUGGACGUGGACGUGGACAUGGACGUGGACGUGGACGUGGACAUGGACGUGGACAUGGACGUGGACGUGGACGUGGACAUGGACGUGGACGUGGACGUGGACAUGGACGUGGACGUGGACAUGGACAUGGACGUGGACGUGGACGUGGACGUGGACGUGGACGUGGACAUGGACGUGGACGUGGACAUGGACGUGGACGUGGACGUGGAGGACUUGGACGUGGACAUGGACGUGGACGUGGACGUGGACGUGGACAUGGACAUGGACGUGGACAUGGACAUGGACGUGGACGUGGACAUGGACGUGGACGUGGACGUGGACGUGGACGUGGACGUGGACGUGGACAUGGACGUGGACGUGGACGUGGACAUGGACGUGGACAUGGACGUGGACGUGGACGUGGACAUGGACGUGGACGUGGACGUGGACAUGGACGUGGACGUGGACGUGGACAUGGACUUGGACGUGGACGUGGACGUGGACGUGGACGUGGACGUGGACGUGGACAUGGACAUGGACGUGGACAUGGACGUGGACGUGGACGUGGAGGACUUGGACGUGGACAUGGACGUGGACGUGGACGUGGACGUGGACAUGGACAUGGACGUGGACUUGGACGUGGACGUGGACAUGGACAUGGACAUGGACAUGGACAUGGACGUGGACGUGGACGUGGACGUGGACGUGGACGUGGACAUGGACGUGGACGUGGACGUGGACGUGGACAUGGACGUGGACGUGGACGUGGAGGACUUGGACGUGGACAUGGACGUGGACGUGGACGUGGACAUGGACGUGGACAUGGACGUGGACAUGGACGUGGACGUGGACAUGGACGUGGACAUGGACGUGGACAUGGACGGACGUGGACGUGGACAUGGACGUGGACGUGGACGUGGACGUGGACGUGGACAUGGACGUGGACGUGGACGUGGACGUGGACGUGGACGUGGACGUGGACGUGGACAUGGACGUGGACGUGGACGUGGACGUGGACGUGGACGUGGACGUGGACGUGGACAUGGACGUGGACGUGGACAUGGACGUGGACGUGGACGUGGACGUGGACGUGGACGUGGACGUGGACAUGGACGUGGACGUGGACAUGGACAUGGACGUGGACAUGGACGUGGACGUGGACGUGGACGUGGACGUGGACGUGGACGUGGACAUGGACGUGGACGUGGACGUGGACAUGGACGUGGACGUGGACGUGGACGUGGACAUGGACGUGGACGUGGACAUGGACGUGGACGUGGACGUGGACAUGGACGUGGACGUGGACAUGGACGUGGACGUGGACGUGGACGUGGACGUGGACGUGGACAUGGACGUGGACAUGGACGUGGACAUGGACAUGGACGUGGACAUGGACGUGGAGGACUUGGACGUGGACAUGGACGUGGACGUGGACGUGGACGUGGACGUGGACAUGGACGUGGACGUGGACGUGGACGUGGACAUGGACGUGGACGUGGACGUGGACGUGGACAUGGACGUGGACAUGGACGUGGACAUGGACGUGGACGUGGACGUGGACAUGGACGUGGACAUGGACGUGGACGUGGACGUGGACGUGGACGUGGACAUGGACGUGGACGUGGACGUGGACGUGGACGUGGACAUGGACGUGGACAUGGACGUGGACAUGGACGUGGACGUGGACAUGGACGUGGACGUGGACGUGGACGUGGACAUGGACGUGGACGUGGACGUGGACGUGGACAUGGACGUGGACGUGGACGUGGACAUGGACGUGGACGUGGACGUGGAGGACUUGGACGUGGACGUGGACGUGGACAUGGACGUGGACGUGGACGUGGAGGACUUGGACAUGGACGUGGACGUGGACGUGGACGUGGACGUGGACGUGGACGUGGACGUGGACAUGGACGUGGACAUGGACGUGGACGUGGACGUGGACGUGGACGUGGACAUGGACGUGGACGUGGACGUGGACGUGGACGUGGACAUGGACGUGGACGUGGACGUGGACGUGGACAUGGACGUGGACAUGGACGUGGACAUGGACGUGGACGUGGACGUGGACGUGGACGUGGACAUGGACGUGGACGUGGACGUGGACGUGGACGUGGACAUGGACGUGGACGUGGAGGACUUGGACGUGGACGUGGACGUGGACAUGGACGUGGACGUGGACGUGGACAUGGACGUGGACGUGGACGUGGACAUGGACAUGGACGUGGACGUGGAGGACUUGGACGUGGACAUGGACGUGGACGUGGACGUGGACGUGGACAUGGACGUGGACAUGGACGUGGACAUGGACGUGGACGUGGACAUGGACGUGGACAUGGACGUGGACAUGGACGUGGACGUGGACGUGGACGUGGACAUGGACGUGGACGUGGACGUGGACAUGGACGUGGACGUGGACGUGGACGUGGACGUGGACGUGGACGUGGACGUGGACGUGGACGUGGAUGUGGACGUGGACGUGGACGUGGACGUGGACGUGGACGUGGACGUGGACGUGGACAUGGACAUGGACGUGGACGUGGACGUGGACAUGGACGUGGACAUGGACGUGGACGUGGACGUGGACGUGGACAUGGACGUGGACGUGGACAUGGACGUGGACGUGGACGUGGACGUGGACGUGGACAUGGACGUGGACGUGGACGUGGACGUGGACGUGGACAUGGACGUGGACGUGGACGUGGACGUGGACGUGGACGUGGACGUGGACAUGGACGUGGACGUGGACGUGGACGUGGACGUGGACAUGGACGUGGACAUGGACGUGGACAUGGACGUGGACAUGGACGUGGACGUGGACGUGGACGUGGACGUGGACGUGGACAUGGACGUGGACGUGGACGUGGACGUGGACGUGGACAUGGACGUGGACGUGGACGUGGACAUGGACGUGGACGUGGACGUGGACAUGGACGUGGACAUGGACGUGGACGUGGACGUGGACAUGGACGUGGACGUGGACGUGGACAUGGACGUGGACGUGGACGUGGAGGACGUGGACGUGGACAUGGACGUGGACGUGGACGUGGACGUGGACGUGGACGUGGACAUGGACGUGGACAUGGACGUGGACGUGGACGUGGACGUGGACAUGGACGUGGACAUGGACGUGGACGUGGACAUGGACGUGGACAUGGACGUGGACGUGGACGUGGACAUGGACAUGGACGUGGACGUGGACGUGGACGUGGACGUGGACAUGGACGUGGACGUGGACGUGGACAUGGACGUGGACGUGGACGUGGACAUGGACGUGGACGAGGACGUGGAGGACUUGGACGUGGACAUGGACGUGGACGUGGACGUGGACGUGGACGUGGACGUGGACGUGGACAUGGACGUGGACGUGGACGUGGACGUGGACGUGGACAUGGACGUGGACGUGGACGUGGACGUGGACGUGGACAUGGACGUGGACGUGGACGUGGACGUGGACAUGGACGUGGACGUGGACGUGGACGUGGACGUGGACGUGGACAUGGACGUGGACGUGGACAUGGACGUGGACGUGGACGUGGACAUGGACAUGGACGUGGACAUGGACGUGGACGUGGACGUGGAGGACUUGGACGUGGACAUGGACGUGGACGUGGACGUGGACGUGGACGUGGACGUGGACGUGGACGUGGACGUGGACGUGGACGUGGACGUGGACGUGGACAUGGACGUGGACGUGGACGUGGAGGACGUGGACGUGGACAUGGACGUGGACGUGGACGUGGACAUGGACGUGGACGUGGACAUGGACGUGGACGUGGACGUGGACGUGGACAUGGACGUGGACAUGGACGUGGACAUGGACGUGGACGUGGACAUGGACGUGGACAUGGACUUGGACGUGGACGUGGACAUGGACGUGGACAUGGACGUGGACGUGGACGUGGACAUGGACGUGGACGUGGACAUGGACGUGGACGUGGACAUGGACGUGGACGUGGACGUGGACGUGGACGUGGACAUGGACGUGGACGUGGAUGUGGACGUGGACGUGGACAUGGACGUGGACCUGGACGUGGACGUGGACGUGGACGUGGACGUGGACGUGGAUAUGGACGUGGACGUGGACGUGGACGUGGACAUGGACGUGGACAUGGACGUGGACAUGGACGUGGACAUGGACGUGGACGUGGACGUGGACGUGGACGUGGACGUGGACAUGGACGUGGACGUGGACGUGGACGUGGACGUGAACAUGGACGUGGACGUGGACAUGGACGUGGACGUGGACAUGGACGUGGACAUGGACGUGGACGUGGACGUGGACAUGGACGUGGACGUGGACGUGGACGUGGACGUGGACAUGGACGUGGACGUGGACGUGGAGGACUUGGACGUGGACAUGGACGUGGACGUGGACGUGGAGGUGGACGUGGACGUGGACGUGGACGUGGAUAUGGACGUGGACGUGGACGUGGACGUGGACAUGGACGUGGACAUGGACGUGGACGUGGACAUGGACGUGGACAUGGACGUGGACGUGGACGUGGACGUGGACGUGGACAUGGACGUGGACGUGGACGUGGACGUGGACGUGGACAUGGACGUGGACGUGGACGUGGACAUGGACGUGGACGUGGACGUGGACAUGGACGUGGACGUGGACGUGGAGGACUUGGACGUGGACAUGGACGUGGACGUGGACGUGGACGUGGACGUGAACGUGGACGUGGACAUGGACGUGGACGUGGACGUGGACGUGACAUGGACGUGGAUGUGGACGUGGACGUGGACGUGGACAUGGACGUGGACGUGGACGUGGACGUGGACGUGGACAUGGACGUGGACGUGGACGUGGACGUGGACGUGGACGUGGACAUGGACGUGGACGUGGACAUGGACGUGGACGUGGACAUGGACAUGGACGUGGACAUGGACGUGGACGUGGACGUGGAGGACUUGGACGUGGACAUGGACGUGGACGUGGACGUGGACGUGGACGUGGACGUGGACGUGGACGUGGACGUGGACGUGGACGUGGACGUGGACGUGGACAUGGACGUGGACGUGGACGUGGAGGACUUGGACGUGGACAUGGACGUGGACGUGGACGUGGACGUGGACAUGGACGUGGACGUGGACAUGGACGUGGACGUGGACGUGGACGUGGACAUGGACGUGGACAUGGACGUGGACAUGGACGUGGACGUGGACAUGGACGUGGACGUGGACUUGGACGUGGACGUGGACAUGGACGUGGACAUGGACGUGGACGUGGACGUGGACAUGGACGUGGACGUGGACAUGGACGUGGACGUGGACGUGGACGUGGACAUGGAUGUGGACGUGGACGUGGACAUGGACGUGA